CUUCCAUCUUCAUCUCUCCCUUUCGCCAGACUCCAACACAUCUUCGCAGAUCUGACCGAUCUGAUCUGCAACACCCGAUCUCGCCAGUGAAUACCGCACCGAGACAUCUUGCCUCAGUCAGAUUAAAGAGUGCACCUUCCCGCCUCCGCCUCCGCCUCUUUCCCCGCCGAACUCGCCAUUUCUGAGCCUCUCAAGAGGCAACCAGACUCGACCUCAAACCUCACACGACUCUGCAAUCGCAGUCUCGACACGAGUCACGAUACCGUCUGCUGCCCACCCAGCAUGGCCGCCAACCGCAAUCGCCGCGUGCAAAAAGAGAUCAACGACAUCACCAACGACAAGCAAGCCGGUAUUCGCCUGACCUUCCCGCAGGACGGCGACCUUACGCACUUCAAGGGCCACUUCGUCGGACCUCCAGACACACCGUAUGAGGGCGGGAAAUACGAAGUAGAUAUCAAAAUCGGCAAUGAAUAUCCUUUCAAGCCGCCGACCAUGCGUUUCAUCACCAAAAUCUGGCACCCGAAUGUUUCCUCACAAACCGGAGCAAUCUGUCUCGAUACACUAGGCACCGCCUGGUCACCUGUCCUCACACUCAAAAGCGCUCUGAUCAGUCUGCAAAGUCUACUGAGUUCACCAGAACCCAAAGACCCGCAAGAUGCUGAGGUGGCUAGCAUGUUGCUGACUCGGCCGGAUGAGUUCAAACACGUUGCGAGAGAGUGGGCAAUAAGAUAUGCUCAAGCUCCUCCGCCAAAGCCUGGGACAGGCAAGAGUGGAGCCAGCAGUUCGAAGGACGACGAUGAGGCAGAGGAGAAGAGGCGGAAGGCGUCAGAUGACAAGGAGGAGAAGCGGAAGAAGGAAGCCGCGAGGGUGGCCAGUUAUCGUGGUUUCAACGAGAGAUUAGUGAAUCAAUUUACUGAAAUGGGAUUUGGUGUCGAACAGGUUGUUGCAGCGUUCGAGUGGGCCGGCAUCGAUAAGGCCGAUGGCGAGUUCUACCAGCUGGAGGAGGAGUACAUGGGCGAUAUCAUGGCGAGGUUGUUUGGAGAGGCUGAAUGAGCUGGGCGGGGGUGAAGGCGAGAUUGUGCAUGACCGUGCCACGGCGAGCAAAUGGACGAGGGAUCGUGCGCCAAUGGUGGUCCUUUGCCUCUUUCGCCUGGAGAAAUCUGCUCCACUGCGCAUAUCCCCUGGAAUGGCCACAUUGAGCUUGCGAGGACUUGCAGCAUCACAUGGACGCCGAGCUGUGGAAUAUCAGCCCUAAAUGCCUCUUUCGCACAGCACUUAUCGACACACACGGAUCCUGGCCAGCGACGUCCUCUACAACCUUUUACCACCCCCGCUCCAAGCGAUCCCCUGCUUUUUUCCUUUUGCUCCAACAUAGCGAAGGCGUUUGGGAAAGGAAUACUUCUAUGAACUUGCUAUGCAUGAAAUGACGAGAAGAAAUGAACGAAAUGAGAAUCAGAUGAAAUGGUGGAAUGCAUCGAUAGUUGCUGUAGAUGAGAUAUGGAGAAAUGGUAGCAACCCCUUGGGAGACGUUGACCGCGAA